CCCACAACUCUUACUGGUUGGCUCUCUCUCAGAAACAAACUGCACAAAUUCACUAACUUUAAUUUAAUGAAAAACAAUUAUCAACGACAUUUUGAACUAUAAAUAUUUGAAAUAGUUCCUCGAUCGAUACUCGCCAGGCAGAACUCUUCAAAGUUUCAGAGCUGCAGAGCGAGUUUAACGAAUUGCAUCGCAUUCUAUGUUUUCAGUUUUGUUAUUAAACUAAAUAAAUAACAAAACAACGCAAUUUUUAACAUCAAAAGUUAGAAAAGCAAUUAAAAAAUUGGUCAUCAUUAUUGGAAAGUUCAUGUAAACGUGUGUCGUCGUAAGAAAAAGUGGGGAGUUUGGAGUUAAAAGAUUUGAUAUCGAGAACACGUAAAAGAAGCGACGACAGAUUUGUAAUGUAAACUGGCAAUUUGUUAUAAUUGUCAUCAGUUUAGAAAUCUUGGAUGUUUUAAACAGCGAGAUUUUCAAUUCAAUCAAGACAAUUUUUGUGUUUCUAGUUAUUUUAAGUUUGCCUUUCCUCCCACAACGCGCAUCGUAGUUGUUUUGUUAUAACAGUUGACAUACUGUUGUUGCUAAUAAUAAUUAGUAAGCAUUACUUAAUAAAGAGGACCCUCUUUAACUGAAAUGACUGGGGAGGAAGGGACAAAAAUUGGUUCAAUUUCGAAUCCUCGUUCAACUUGCUCCGAUGGCGUAGUGUUGGUUCAUGGUGAAAAGGCUAAUUCUUCAAAUGGACAAUCUCUUCGAUCAUCGUCGUCAACAUCGUCAGAAAUCCUGCGAGACUCAACAACGGACCUUUCAAAAAGUGGGGGCAGCAGUAUUAGCAAGGUCAAGGACAAAAAUUGCAACAAUAUCCCCGACCGAGAGUCUGACUCGUCAGGCGUAGAAUGUGAGGGUGGUGGUGGUGUUGGCCCACAAGCGAAGAAUGGUGGUCGAGGAGUACUAGAAAACAGCAACAGUGAUCCGACAAAAAAACAAUCAGACUCGUCAGAUUAUAGGUUUCUCGGUGCCGAUGAAGUGAGCACUCUGUCGCGGGACAAGUUUGUCGAAACGUACAAUGAUCUUGUCCGUUAUGCGGAAACUUUAAAAAAAGACAAUGCACAAUUGAAGGAGUCAGAGGAGAAAUUUCGUGCCCAGCAGGUGGAGUCGUCUCGUAGAGAAAAUGUCCUCGUGAUGAGGUUAACGACAAAGGAACAUGAAAUGCAAGACUACAUCGCACAACUAAACGAAUUAAAGCAGGCCAUCGCACCCACACCGGCAUCUCUUCGAAAUACUCUUAUCGAUCCUGCUGUCAAUCUCAUGAUUCAGCGAAUGAAGAAGGAACUGGAUGAGACCAAGAAGAAAUUGGAGGAUACACAGAACGACCUUAACGCGUGGAAAUUUACGCCAGACAGCAACACUGGAAAAAGGCUGAUGGCAAAGUGUAGAAUGUUGUAUCAAGAAAAUGAGGACUUGGGGAAAAUGAUUACGAGUGGAAAACUUGCCAAAUUGGAGAGCGACCUUGCCCUUCAACGAUCUCUAACAGAUGAGAUGAAAAAGUCUCAGUCAGAACUUGACGAGUUGAUCCAAGAGCUUGACGAGGACGUGGAAGGGAUGCAAGGCACAAUCUAUUACCUGCAACAGGAACUCCGCACUGCAAAAACUGGUUCCACAAAUUCAACAGCCAACAAUAGCAACGCGUCAACCUCAAACUCUGCCGUGCAACAAAGUUUGACUAAUAAUGACGAUUUCCAAAAUGAAGUUGUCAGUCUAACCGUGAAAAUCACGGAUCUUUGUGCUCAGUGCCAAGUCACUCAUCAGAAGAAACAGUCCCCUAAGCUACUCGCCCUCAAAAUGGAAAUUGACGACGAUAGUAGUAGAACUAACGUCGACAAUGGGGGUAUGUGUAUGAAUGGGGAAAAUUCCAAUUCAAGCAGUCAUUCGGACCCAGAACGACUCAAGCUCACCUCCACGGCUUCUCCAAUUAGUUCUAAUUCCGAUAAAAAUGAUAGGACUACAAGGACAUCAGUGGCAAAUGCGAAACUUGUCGACAACUCCGAAUUGAACGACCCCAAAUCGAAUAUUAUUAGGAGUAGUGAUAGUGAAAGUCGGGGUGGUGGUGGUGAUGAAAAUAGGACCAAGGGCAAAGGUGAUGUUGAUGAUGACGACGACUCCGACAGUGACCGAGAUGUACUACCACCCACGAAAAGAACGAAACUUUCCGAGAGUCCCAUUGGUACAAAAAAUGUAGAUGUAGGCUCUAUUCUUAGCAGUGCUAAUCAACAAAACGGUUCUAUGGAGCAUUAGGUUCUUUCUCGAUGUAUGUAAUGUACAUGAGGUUCUCUUUGUUACAUAAUUAGUUAAUUUCUCGGCAUUGUAAAACUACCAGUGUUGUUUAUUGAUUGAGUUAUUUUAUUACCGCGGUGUCACGAAAAGUACGUAGUGUAUGCGUGGCCUGGGUUCGAUUUCUAUUUUUCUCGAAAAACGCGGGGGUAAUAUCCCGGAAAAUAAAAAAAAAACUAAACGGUAAAUUCUUAUCCUGGUUUUCGCCCUCCACUUUCUCGGCAAAGGUCGAAACCCGUUUGCCAAGAAAGCAGGGGACGAAAUUUUACGGGCGGGGGGAAUUUUCCGGGACUGGGCGUUUAAAAAAAAGAAAUCGAACCCACGAGUGUGUGUAGGAAUAGGGGAUUGUGUUCAGUGAAAUUCAGAAAAAUCAACCAGAACAGUAAUACAUAAAUUAAUUGCAUAAACUAAAUUAAUGCAGAUUAAUUACUAUUUAUUAUGAAAUGAAUGUCCAAUCAAUCUACCAUUAUUAUUUUACUACGACAUGCCAACGGUGUAUUUUCAAUCGAUGAUGACCGACUUUUUCGUCAACCCAGUGUGUGAAUGAUGAGUGAGUCAUCUACAUACAAGUUACAAGACUAUUAAUUAAUGCAAGCUAUAAGUGCAUAUUUAAACAGUAAUCAAAAUAUACUGCGACAAGUUACAUAGUUUGUAAAAUUCUGUACGGAAUCUAAGAUUUAGCCAGCUCAGACCUUUUAGAGAUAAAUUUUUAAAAAUGGUUGUAUAUUUACAUUUGUAUCGAUGGAUAUUCAUCCCGUGAUGUACCGUUCAUGAUUUCUACUUAUUUGUUACUUAACGAUACGACACAAUUAGGUAUGUAAUAUCUGUAAUGUUAAGAUUUGGGCAGGAUAUCAGGAAAAAGAGCAGGUUUACUCAUCUCUCACCACCACCAACCAACCAGCCACAAAAAGUAACAUAAAUAUCAUGCAGUUUUCAAAGUCUACUAAUUAAUUAUUCCAGUUAGGUUUUAAUUAAAUCCAGUUAAUUAAAUAAUGAUACAAAACGUACGAGGUAAAUAAAUUUACAAGGACGACUCGUCUAUAAUCAACAGUAGAAAUUAUAUCAUGCUCAUGAAUAUCCUCACCUCGACUCAAUCAACUACUUUUUAAAUCAAAUUCAUGAUGUACUAAAUAUGUAACAAGUUUGUUUUUUAGAAAUUUUGUCAUUGUCCACGUUGUUUUAAAGAUUUGUAGAAAAUACGUGUGGAGAAAAUAUAUAAAAAAAAUAACAGUUAACACGAAGUAACUGGAGCCUGUAAGUACUGGUCAUUACAUUUGAAAUAUACUAAUAACGUAAUCCUGGAUUUGCUACAUACAUGCUUUAUGAUUAUACAAUUUUGGAAAUUACGGUUUUUGUAAUUCUUUCACGUGCAACUUUUUAAAAAUUUUGAAUCGUCGUCGUUGCUUGAUAAAUAAAUGAAAGGAUUCAACUUUAUGUUUUCAUUGGAGAUUCUUUUCAGAUAUUUGGAAAUAUAAAGUUGGAGACCUCGAAAUACAAUGUUUCAGCAAGAUUGUGCGCGUGCAAUGGUGAGGAUGAUAACAUAACGUAGCGUAUCAUAAUUUUACCAGUAAUACAGAAAAAUAGAACAGCAGAAAGUAAAGUAACAGAAGAGAGAAUUGUGGUAUGCAAUUAGACUGAUGUAUCCUGUCCAAGAUAAGCAAGCAAGCACUUUAGAUGAUACUCGACUACUUGCAAAUGUUUUUUUUUGUAAAAUAUCACGAAACAUGUAUUUAAUUUUGUGUUGUGAUGUCUGUGUACAGUAAAGUAGUAAAAUUAUUACUUAUUAUGAACUAUCUACAUAUUCGUGAAGUUUAAACAAUAAAUAUCUUGAACUGCUGCUUUGCACAAG